AUUCCGAGGACUGGAUUCGAACCCCGCGUUGCAGAGCUCCGGUUCUUCCCGAGGGCGGCGGGCCUCGCGCCUUCCUGGGAGAGCAAAAGGAAGAUGCAGGGACGCGGAGCGUUCGCGGGGCUUUCGCUCACGCUGCUGGCGGCGGAGCAAAUUGCGCGCUUUUGCAGCAUCCUUCAUUACUUUGUCACUGGCCAACUUCUGUGGUGCUGGGUAACCCUUGCUUUGCUCCUACCUGGCUAUCUGGUGCAGGUCCUCAGCUUUCACUGGUUUCGGGCGGAUGGCUUUUGCAGCAUCCUUCAUUACUUUGUCACUGGCCAACUUCUGUGGUGCUGGGUAACCCUUGCUUUGCUCCUACCUGGCUAUCUGGUGCAGGUCCUCAGCUUUCACUGGUUUCGGGCGGAUGGUCACAAACUUUGCUGGACAUUGGUGGCAAUACACAUCCUGCACCUCGGACUUUGGAAGAGGUACUGGAAUGUUCUCUGGUCAUCUUUCAAGGCAGGAGAAGGCUCUGGCACAAGACAGCCUCACAUGGAGCAAGGGGACCUGGGUGUCCUGAGACUCCUGGAAGCUCUGCUGGAGACACUGCCUGUCCUCCUCUUGCAGGCCUACACCUGUGUGGUGAUGGAAGCCAAUGGCCUUGUCUCAGGACUGAGUGCUGGCAUGAGCCUGCUCUCUCUUUCCUGGGCUUUAGUCUCCUACAGCCGUUCUAUGUGCCUGAUAAAACCAUGCCAUCUCUCUAUGCCUGGAACUGCCCUUCUCUGCCAGCUACUAUGGAGGACUGGAAUGAUAGGAACCAGGGUCAUGACCUUGGUCCUCUUUGCAAGGACUUAUCAUCUCUGGGUUUUUGCUGCUGCAGGUAUCCACUGGCUGGUGAUGUCAUACUGGACUGUGGCUCAGCAGACAGACAUUUUCCAGAAUCCCUGCCACUGGAAAUUAUUCAACAUUUUAACAGGAGCUGUAUACAUCUUUUGCUAUGUCAACUUUAAAGACGGUCCUUCUUUUUGUCGAAUGGCUGUGUUUUACAUAAUAACACUCUCAGAAAAUGUUUUUCUGUUGUUAAUGUCAAUGGACUUCCUGCAUGUUAACUCACGGAGUAACCUCUGGAUUCUAGGAGCUGUUAUAUCUGGAUCCAUUCUUGGCUUAGUGGCUUUGGUCUCUUAUUACAGCUUGUUGCAUCCCAAAUCCACGGAAAUUUGGCAACGUUUCCUGCAAAGAUCACAUAGUCUAUUAUCUAAGGGCAAAAAAGGCAACGAAAACCUAACCGUGGGGAGUAGUGGAAUUCCAGGGCUGCAAGACAUUGAAGCUUCAGGUGCAGAACCUGCCAUACAACCUCUGGCAAUGCCGAGUAACUCAUCCUUGGUAGACUUUGGCUGUUCUGCUGAUGGCAAGAACCUGUGUGAAAAUGAACAUCACUGGCUCCUGAUAAAGCUGGCAUUGAAAACAGGAAGUAUCUCUAAAAUAAAGACUGUUUUGGGGGAAAGUGAUAAUAGAGACUGUUAUCUUGUACCAGUGAUAAAAAACAAUAAGUCCAUUGUUCAAUCUGGCCCCAGGAGAAAACUGAUAUUUUUGACCAAGGAGAAAUUCCCUAUCAGUCCAAAAUCCAGAACAGGGGAACAAAGAUCCCUUACAGAAGAGAACAAAGUCACAGAUAACUUGAGUGAGAAUAAGGAACAGUUUAAUAUCACUUUACCAACCAGCAAACAUGCUCCUGUGGAAGCUACUCAUGCAGAAUCCAACCUUGAAAUGGAAGGAGAUCAGAAAGAGCCGAUCUACAGUUGUUCCACUGUAUACUUCACAGUGGGGGGAGAGGGGGAGGCAUCUCCAGACACAGAGGGCAAAACGGGAGCAGUAAAUACAAGAAACGUUCUUACAGAACCGGCAAAAACUCACAAGGGCAGUUCCAUGCAAAGUGGUCGGUCAGGUGAAGAGGUCCUAUUCACCUCAGCUGACAUAAGCCCAAUAGUGCCAACAAGGACUGGUGGCUGUCUUCAAAACGGCCCUGAUUUCAGUGCUUCUGCAUCACCUAAACCUUCAGACCAGCAGGGAAUGUUGAGGGUGCAUUGUAAGUCUUCACAUGCCUACCUCUAUAGGACAUGGGCUUCUGUACUUAAAGAAAAAGAAACAAGGAAUGCAACUGAGCAAUGUUGCAUCACAUCCACCCCAAAGAAUAGCUCUGCAAGCAACAGUCAUAAACUGUGAGUGUCAAGCAUAAAUGUCAAGCAUGUUUGUGGCAUGACAAAGCUGAAGGAACUGAGUGAUGCUAGGAGAUGAUUGAAUUUGUUUGUUCUUCCAUAGGUAUGCCAGAAAAAUACUUCCACAUAAAGCACCUAUUGUGGCAUGUUUAUUAAUUGAAAUUUCUAAAUCUUAAGAACGUAUGAUAGCUGAUUGCUAGCUGAUUCUAUGUGUGUACGCUUAAAAUAUUUCCACAGAGUUCAAUGCGAUUUAUUCCCAAUUAAGCAGAAUAAGAACUAUAGACUUAGAUGUUAUAUUAUAGUCCAUCCGAAGGUUAUUUGGCCUUGCUUUUCCCCCUGACAGUCUUCCAUCAACGAAUCCACCAAGGGUGUGGGGAGGUAGGAAAAGCUGGCUACCCAUCAACCCUUGUGAGAAACUGGUUUCGUUGGGCUUCUCAGCUCUCACACAGUAGCCCUUCUUCCAGGCAAGAAGGAUACUGUAGUGGCUCAGCUGAUAAAUCAGUCGCUUUGGCUUCUCUCUUGGACCUCCUUCUAUUCUAGAGCUUCACCAUAGGAACACUAACAACAUGUGUGUGCACUAUAUGUACCAUUUCAGUUACAUUCAAUCUGGGGAUUACAUGAACUUUUCAACAUUAAAGAACUUGUGUCGUAGUUUUUGUUUUCCUUUUGUGUCAUGUCUUUUCAGAUUGUAGGUCUGAAAAGCAGGGAACUGGCCUUCCUUGUUUUUCUUAAAACACAAGUUACACUGGCUGAAGAGCUGACAUGAAUGCUUUCACUAACAAGUAAGGCUUGGCAGGGAAGGGGCAUGGAAUCCAGCAAAUAAUACUGAGUUAAAUUUUUCAAAUCCAGAAAUAUUGUGGAAAUGACUGAGUAGGAUAUGACAUAGAUACAAGGCAGGGAUCUUUGUGAUGUUGAUUACAUCUCCCACAAUUCUUUCAUCAUUGGUCAUUCUGCUUAGGGCUUCUGGACAUUGAAGCUCAAAAUAUUUAAAGGGCUUAAAGUUGCAGAGCAGUUUGUAGCUGAUUCAAUGAUUUCAACAUGCCCAGGUGCUGGGGCUGCAAAACAAGCCCAAAUUAUCUCCCCUCCAACACUGCUAGACAGUUGUUAUAAGGUGUUUGUGCUGAUAUUCUGUAUUUGGUUUUUGGCAAAUGUGGCACUGUGUAUUAUGGCCCAACAUCUCCACUUUGAUCUCGUUUGUCCAAAGGACAUUGUUUCAGAAGUCUUGCAGUUUGCUGAGAUGCAACUUUGCAAAUCUAAGAUGUGCUGCCACGUUCUUAGAGAGAAGAGGCUUUCUCCUGGCAACCCUUCCAUACAAACCGUACUUGUACAAUAUUUUUCUAAUUGUACCAUCAUGAACGUUAACAUUUAACAUGCUACGGAGGCCUGUAGAGUCUGAGAUGUAACCCGGGUUUUUUGCAGUUUCUCUGAGCAUUACACGUCUGAUUCUGGGGUGAAUUUGCUUGGACAUCCACUUCUGGGAAGGCUAACAACUGUGUUGAAUGUUUUCAACUUGUGAAUAAUCUUCCUCACUGUAGAAUGAUGGUCUUCUAAUUGUUUGGAAACGGCCUUAUAACCCUUCCCAGAUUGAUGAGCAGCAACAAUGGCUUCUCUAUGAUCAUUGCUGAUGUGUUUCCUCCUCGGCAUUGUGUUAACACAUACCAACAAACAGCUAAAACAUUGACUUUUAUAGAGGUGUUCACACUUUCUGAUGAUCAGUUACUCAAGGGCAUUUGUUUAGCAGCACCUGGCUGCUACUUCACCUCUUAAUUCCUGUGGGAGCAAUAGGGGCAUACUUAGUUUUUUAAACAUGACUUCUCCAU